AUCAUCCAAACCCGACCCGACCGAUUAUCGUUUCGAACUGAACAAGUCAAUCACAAUUCACACCUUCGUUCCGUUCGUUUCUUUUCCACCUCGCUACUCAUAAAACCUAAUGGCUCCGAAGCCCAAACCCUCGCCGUCGCAGCCUCCCGCUCCACCGCCACUCGAAGAUCUCUUCACCACGCUCAACAAACACAUCCAAGCUUCCGCCUUCACCAAUGCCGUCAAACUCACAGAUCAGAUUCUCGUAAUCGCACCUGGUGACGAAGACGCUCUCCGAUGCAAGGUUGUCGCGCUGAUCAAAGACGAUCGAUUCGAUGAUGCUGUCUCCGCUCUUCAGUCUUCUAAGACUCCUCCCGAGGAUUUUCAUUUCCUUAAGGCAUACUGUUUAUACAAACAAAACAAGUUGGAUGAAGCUUUGCAGUCUUUGCAAAAACAUGAAAGCAAUGACGAAACUAUGCUUUUGGAGUCUCAAAUUUUGUAUCGUCUUGGAAAAAUGGAUGAUUGCUUAGAUAUCUACCAGAAGCUUCAAAAGUCCAAGAUUGAUAUGUUGGAAAUAAAUUCUGUUGCUGCCUUGGUUAUGGCAGGGAGAUCAUCUGAAGUACAAGGAUGGCUGGAUUCAUUUCGGGUCAAAGCAACAAGCAGCUUUGAACUGGCAUAUAAUACUGCUUGUUCUCUAAUUCAAAGGAAUAAGUACACAGAUGCUGAACUACUCUUGCUGUCUGCCCGAAGAAUUGGUCAAGAGAGCCUGAUGGAAGAUAACUGGCCUGAUGAAGAUAUAGAAAAUGAGUUGUCUCCUAUUGCUGUACAGUUGGGCUAUGUCCAACAGCUUCUUGGGCGUAAACAAGAUGCUAUGGAAGCUUAUGUGGACAUGAUUAAAAGAGAUAUGGCUGAUGAAUCAUCCAUUGCAGUGGCAGUAAACAAUCUUGUUUCGCUGAAAGGUCCAAAGGAUGUUUCUGAUAGCCUGAAGAAACUUGAUCGGCUAAAAGAGAAAGAGGCACAAAGCUUUCGCCUAGCUCAUGGAUUGGACUUGAAACUUUCAGCAAAAGAAAAGGAAGCAAUAUAUGCAAAUAGGGUUCUUUUGCUUCUUCAUGCUAACAGGAUUGACCAGGCUCGAGAACUUGUUUCUGCAUUGCCAGACAUGUUUCCCGAAAGUGUUGUACCAGUAUUGCUGCAAGCUGCCCUCUUAGUUAGAGAGAACAAAGCUGGAAGGGCUGAGGAAGUACUGGCACAGUUUGCUGGAAAGUUCCCUGAGAAGUCCCAAGUUCUUUACUUGGCCAGGGCUCAGGUGGCGGCAGCGGCUGGCCAUCCACAUAUUGCAGCCGAUUCUCUGACUAAGAUACCAGCUAUUCAACACAUGCCUGCUACUGUUGCCACCCUUGUAACUUUAAAAGAGCGAGCCAGCGACGUCGAGGGUGCAGCUUCUGUGCUUGAUUCUGCAACCAAAUGGUGGUCUAAUGCUAUGACUGAGGACAAUAAGCUUAAUAUUAUAAUGCAAGAGGCUGCCUCAUUCAAACUAAAGCAUGGACGGGAAGAGGAUGCGGCUAAACUCUACGAGGAGCUUGUUAAAAGUCAGGGAAGCAUAGAAGCACUAGUUGGGCUGAUAACAACAGUAGCCCGUUUGGAUGUUAUUAAGGCAGAGCUAUAUGAAAAGCAACUAAAGAUUUUACCUGGAUUGAAGGGAAUUGAUGUGGACAGCUUGGAGCGUACUUCUGGAGUUAAACGAGUUGAAGGUCCUCCUCAAGGUGUCACUGAAACGAACGAGGAAGGAAAGAAUAAGACAAAAACUAAGAAAAAGAGAAAGAGAAAGCCAAGGUAUCCUAAAGGGUUUAACCCUGCAAACCCAGGUCCUCCACCAGAUCCAGAAAGAUGGCUUCCCAAGCGGGAGAGGUCAACGUUUAGGCCCAAGAGGAAGGACAAAAGAGCUGCUCAAGUGAGAGGCUCACAAGGUGCUGUAGUUAGAGAAAAGCACGACGGGGGUGCUUCGUCCAAUCAAUCGAAUCCGAAGUCUAACCAGGCAACUACCUCCAAAGGUGCAACUCAGAGUGCAGCUUCUGAGCAAAGCAAACCUUCUUCAUCCAAGCCUUCCUCCAAGUCGAGAAAGAAGUCUAGGAAUUAAUUAGAUUUCGUUCUUUCUGAUAAACAUUUUGUAUUACUGACAUUUUGUUAUUUAUGCUUUCAAUUACUAAACGGAGGUUCCAUAUACACUACGAGAGUUCAAUGUCAAAACUGUCAAUUUUGGUUCAACCAAAUGAGUAUAUUUGUGUAUUGGAUGCAAGGGUCAAUGUGUGAGUUUGACGUAUGAAGUGCAUGUAUUUUGUUGAUAGAUUCUUGGUCUAGCAACUUACUUCCCCUCACUAAGCAGUAAGAGAUUUGCUUUACCA